CUGUCAAUCACGCCCGUUGCCCCGGCAACUGAAGUCCGAGAAGCAGCAGCUUGGCUUCAGUCGAGUCGGUCGAGCUGAGGAGAGCUGGAGCUGAAGUUCUGCCCGAAGAUGAAACUAUCAGCAGCUGAUCUCUCACACACGUGUCCAUGUUAGGUCAGCAUUCAGCGACAGAAGUCAGGUAGAGUCACCUGUUGGACUGGGCUUGCAGGUAAACACAGGUAUACGUACACAAACAGAACAAACUGACGAUUAUAGCAGCCGUUAUGAUUCCUGAAUGUCCACGAACGACCGAGUCCAGAAGCCGAGCUCGGUGUGAAUCCGGUCAGAACCGCUCCGGGCUGCUGCGCGAGAUCCGAACCGCCAUCAGGAGCGAGCCGUUCACCGACCGCUAUGACGUCAUCCCCGGCAGAGAGCUGGGCAGAGGCAAGUUUGCUGUGGUGAGGAAGUGUGUGGAGAAAAGCACGGGUAAAGAGUUCGCAGCAAAGUACAUGAGGAAGAGGAGGAAGGGUCAAGACUGCAGGACCGAGAUCAUUCAUGAGAUCGCCGUACUGGAGCUGGCAGCGGCCUGUCCACGCGUUGUCAAUCUCCACGAAGUCUACGAGAUGGCCAGUGAGAUGGUCCUCGUUCUGGAAUAUGCCGCAGGAGGCGAGAUCUUCAACCAGUGUGUGGCCGAGAGAGACGAGGCCUUUAAAGAGGAAGACGUGAAGAGACUGAUGAGGCAGAUUCUAGAAGGAGUGGCCUUUCUUCACCGGAGCAACGUGGUGCAUCUGGACCUCAAACCUCAGAAUAUCCUCCUCACCAGUGAAUCUCCUCUCGGGGACAUAAAGGUUGUGGAUUUCGGCCUGUCGAGGUUGGUAAGCAGCAGCCAUGAGAUCAGGGAAAUUAUGGGAACACCAGAGUAUGUAGCACCAGAAGUCCUGAAUUAUGAGCCAAUAAGCACAGCAACUGACAUGUGGAGCAUCGGUGUCCUCGCCUACGUGAUGCUGACGGGAAUCUCGCCGUUCCUGGGCGACGAUAAGCAGGAGACCUUCCUCAACAUCUCUCAGAUCAAUGUCAGCUACACGGAGGAGGAGCUGGAGCAGCUGGACGGAGCUGCCGUCCACUUCAUCAAGUCCCUGCUCAUCAAAGAGCCAGAGAGCCGCGCCAGCGCCGAAGACUGUCUGAAGCACCAGUGGCUGCAGCCGCGUCAGGAGAGCGUCUCUGAGCCCGUCAGCCCCGCCGCCUCCAGCCACGAUGAAGAGGAGGAGAGCGCCCAGCUGACGGAGGAGCUCAUCGUCAUGGCCGCCUACACCCUCGGCCAGUGCCGCCAGUCCUCGGAUCAAGAGAGCCUGACCCCGGACCAGAAGGCCAUCUCCAAACGCUUCAAGUUCGAGGAGCCCUUCUCCACCCUUCCAGGAGGAUUCAUCUACUGAAGCUGCUCUUCAUCACCUCAUCAUCUGAAGCCAAACCAUCUGUUCUGUGUUUGUGCUGCUUUAUAUUUACAUCAAGCCUUGCUGUGAUUCUCUCGCUCUUUUCUUUCGUGCCAUGCUCAGAUAUUUGAUGAUAAGGGUUCUUGUGAUGUUUGUACAAAAUUAAUGUUGUUUGUUUUUUCUGUGAUCCACAGGCGAGCAGAAUUAAAUGUAAAUUAAUCAAAUUUUAUUUUAAGAGUAUUUCAGUGUUGUGUUUAAAAAGCCAUUUUGUAUGUUGGGUUCAGGUGAACUUCCACAGCAGUAACUCAUUCACACGCGUGUGUUUAACUCAUGUUAGAGUUAUGACUGUAAAUUGUCACUAUAAAGAAUAUUUUAAUGGCAACAAGUUUCAAAGUGACUGUCUUAAUGCUGUAAAUAAAAAAUGUCUUGAUGGCCA